AUGACUGGUGAUGAUGUGAACUCCCAAGAGCUUCCAAUGUAUAAUGGUUUUGAAAGCUUGCAUUGCAAAAUCGUAGAAACUAUUCUUGGUCCAAUUCAAGAAUUAUUUCAAAAUUUUUUGGAAACUAUUCAAGAUUUUAAACAAGAGGAUAUAAUUUCCGUUUAUAAUGCAUUAAUAGACUCAGGAAUGCCAGCUGAUUGUUGGGAUCAAUUUAUUAGUAAGAUUGAAGGUGAUUCUAUAUUAAUCGACAAUUAUCUUAAUAUUAUUAGGGUAUAUAUAGAAAGAUUAGGAAGCUUAGCAGCAUUUCUUCAGAUGGAUCAGGAGAGUGCCGAAAAUAUUUUAAUAACAUUAUUUAAUAAUCAAUAA